AUGCUUUGUAGGGGCUGGUAUGGAGUUAUAUGCGCUAAUGGUGGGGUAAACAAGUUGAAUAUUACAAAUGCUAGUGUCGUUGGCACGCUCCAUGAUUUUCCAAUUUCAUCUCCCCCCUUUCUGGAAUAUGUUGAUCUUAGAAUGAACCAACUCUAUGGAACCAUCCCGCCUACAAUAGGAAACUCGCUAAUCUUGUCUAUCUUGACUUGUCGGUUGAUCGGUUUUCGAGGCACAAUACCACAACAAAUCGGCUCACUAACAAAGCUUGACACCCUCCACAUCUUUGACAACCAUUUAAAUGGUUCAACUCCAGGAGAGUUGGGGAAUGUGAAAAAUCUCACUGUACUUAAGUUACACGAUAAUCAACUUACUGUAACUAUUCCUACUUCAUUUGGCAAUUUGAGAAACUUGGAUACUCUGUUUCUCCGUACCAACAAACUUUCAAGUUCCAUUCCUAAAAAACUUGCCUAUUUGGAUAACUUGGUUGCGCUUGCAAUGGGUGUAAAUCAAUUUUCAGGCCAUUUGCCAGAGCAGCUUUGCCAAGGUGGGAAACUUGAGAUCUUCAUGGUGAUGAGUAACAAGUUGACAGGGCCAAUACCAAGAGCUUUUGGUAUCUACCAAAAGCUUCGGUUCAUUGAUUUGAGCGACAAUGAUUUUCAUGGUGAACUCCGCAGCAACUGGGGGAAAUGCGAGAGUUUGACUGAUUUGCAGAUUGCUAGAAAUAACAUUAGUGGUAAUAUACCACCAGAGAUUGGAAACGUCAAAGGGCUUCAAGGACUUGAUCUUUCAUCCAAUCAUUUGGUUUGGCACACACCAAGGGAAUUUGGAAAAUUGACCUCUCUGCUUAAUCUCUUUGUGCAAAACAACCAUAUUUCUGGAAAUUUUCCUAAGGAACUUGGGUCACUAACAAAGUUACUGCCCCUCAAUCUGUCAGACAAUAGAUUGAAUGGGCUGAUCCCAAGGAGAUUACGUUAA